AUGACUUUGAGUUCAAUAGCAGAGCACUGCUUCAAUGUGACAAGAGGCUAUCUUUCCCUGCCAGAUGAAACGGCUUUCAUAUCGGAAACAAAGGAAGCUAUUAACCUGACGAGGCACCAGCUAAUGGAGAUCGUCUUUAAGCACUGGGAUCCUUUUAGUAAGCAAAUUUCGUUCUCGUUCAACGGUGGGAAGGAUUGCCAAGUCCUUUUGAUAAUAUAUCUAUCUUGUCUGUGGGAAUUUUUCAUGCAAAGCAUUACAAACUCAGAGUUUCCUGCUCAAUAUCACAGAUUUCCGUUCGAAACUCUCCCCACGGUGUACAUAAACCGUGAAGAAACGUUUGAAACUCUCGAAAGUUUGAUAGAAUCAACGAGAAUCAGAUAUUGCUUGUCCAUUUACGAGUCUCCUCGAAAUCAAUCCACCAUGCAAGCUGCCUUCAGCGACUACUUAGCUAAACACAGCGAAACAACAGCGAUUGUCAUUGGCAUACGGCACACAGACCCAUUUGGGGAAGACCUGGAGUGCGUACAGGAAACCGACUCCGAUUGGCCAAAAUUCAUGAGGAUACAGCCGCUUUUGCACUGGAAGCUAGCAAAUGUGUGGAGCUUUCUCAUCUACUCGGGAGAGGAGAUAUGCGGACUAUACGGAUUGGGAUUCACGUCUAUCGGUAGCGUAAACUCGACCAUCCCCAAUCCUUAUCUAAAGGAAAGCCCUGACCAUUACGGCUCAUUCACCCACAAGGUGAAUCAUUUCAAAACAGAGCAGAAUAUGAGCUACAACGAAAGCCAGCGAGAAGGUAUUAAAGUGUCAUCAGUCUCAGCUAAAGACCUUGAAGUUGUGAGGUCCAAGGAAGAUACUAAAUUUUUCCCUGGGUGGUACCUCAUUGAUGACGCACUGGAGCGGAAGGGAAGGAUCUAA